AUGCCUGGAAAGUUGUAUACUAGAGAUAAACUGAUAAAAUGGGGAGUGACGAGUAAUAUUAUAUGUCAUUUAUGUGAUGUAGAAGCUGAAUCUGUAAUCCACUUGUUCUUCAAGUGCUCAUUUGCUGCUUCAAUAUGGAAUCAAUUGCUUAUAUGGCUGGGUGUGGAUAGACAAGCAACGAUGUGGGUGGAUGAGCAAGCAUGGGCGAUCCAGUUCAUGAAUGGUAAAAAUUCCAAGGCAGAGCUCUAUAGAAUGAGUUUGGUUGGAUGUGCAUACUAUGUCUUGCAAGAAAGGAACCAACGGAUAUUUAAGGAUAGAAGGAGAGAAAAUUCUACUCUAGUGAGAUAG